GCAUAAAAAACUCACCUACCCACCCCCCAUUUAUCUUCUUCAAUUCCAGUCUUCUCAUUCUCCGUUCCGGCUGCGCUUUUUCCUGGUUCAUCCCCGACAAACAGAUCUCUACCACAGCUAAGUAUUCUCAUCUCUCUCUCUGUCUAGCUUCUCAAUCCCUUUCUUCUUCGUUGGCUCUUGACUUCGGUCCGCUUCCAAGCUCGCGUCUUUGAUAAUCAGAUAUUUCGGAGAUCUAGGGUUUCAGGGUUCCUAACAUAAGUUGAUUCGGUUUGAUUUGUGGUUUAAGAGAAAUAACCUCAAUGAUUUCAGAAUUUUUAUGAUCCCUGUCAACCCCAUGCGUCGAAUUCGUCUGCUGCACUCCUUCUCUGUUGUGUUUCUAUACUGGUUCUACGUUUUCUCAUGAACGAUAACUUCUCUGGUUGAUCAUUUGUGCUCUAACCAUUAGAUCUGUAAAAUCCUAUUUCCUUCAUUUUUAACCAUCAUCCAAUCAAGUUUGUGAUCACCAUGCGGUAAGACGAUGGCCUCGAUUCAACGCACUGCAAGCUCGGGAUCCGAAGGCGUAGUAGACCCCCGAUAUGCCGGCUUCGAUGAGAGAAAGAGGAAGAGGAUGCUUUCCAACCGUGAGUCGGCGCGGCGAUCCCGCAUGAAGAAGCAAAAGCAAGUCGAAGAUCUUUCAAGCGAAAUUGGCCGACUUAAGGCUGAAAACGGUCGGCUAUUUGAGAGCAUAAAGGCCAAGGAAGAAGCACACGUUGAGAUCGAAUCCGUUAACAAUGUUUUGAGGGCUCAGACAACGGAGUUGACCGAUCGACUGCGGUUUCUGAACUCGAUCCUUGAGAUCGCUGAAGAGGUCAGUGGGCUUUCUGUUGAAAUCCCUGAGAUACCAGAUGCUCUCUUCAACCCAUGGCAGCUUCCUCUUCCAAUGCAGCCGAUCAUGGCGUCCGCGGUCGACAUGAUAAUGCAUUGAUGUAAUAGAAGCCUUUCAUAUUCCUGCUCCGUCCUUCUCUGUAUGGUGGGUUUGAGUAUAGUUAAACUAUGUCUAAUAGGUUUGCUGGUUUCCUCUGUCUCUGUUGGGCAUCGUCUAUUGUCUGUCUUUGAAUUAUUGAGUGCUUUUGUCAGACUUAAACGGUUCGUGUUCGUGUAGAUUGAAUUGAAUGGAGUGCUUUCGUGUUUGUCUUCUAAUAAAUGGCUUUGUCUUCUUUAA